GUUAUCCUUAACUCAAGCUGUUCUUCAGAAUUUAGUGAAGGUAUUGGAUUGGGGAGAAGAUGGAGUUGCCACAGCUGCUGAAGCUGCUGCUCUUCGGGCAUCAUUUCGCCAAGAGGUUGCUGUUUGGCAUAAGCUUGACCAUCCCAAUGUUACAAAGUUUGUUGGAGCUUCAAUGGGAACUUCCAACCUUAAGAUUCCCCCCAAAAAUGCUACAGAUGAAAAUCAUGCUUCUCUCCCUUCCAGAGCUUGCUGUGUGGUUGUUGAAUACAUUCCUGGUGGGACUUUAAAGAAUUUCUUGAUUAGAAAUAGGAGGAAGAAACUUGCAUAUAAGGCAGAGUUGGAGACUGCUUGUCCCGCUACCGUCUCCUGUGCUGACAUUCUUGCAAUUGCAGCUGAAGAAUCAGUCUAUUUGGAAUUGGCAGGAGGCCCAUCUUGGCCGGUUUUGUUAGGACGAAGAGACAGCAGAACCACAAACAGCACAGUGGCUGAUGAAUUCCUUCCAGGUCCUAUUGAAACCCUGGAAGAACACAAAUCCAAAUUCUUUGCUGUUGGACUUAACACCAGCACAGAUCUGGUCGCGCUGUCUGGUGGUCACACCAUUGGACGGGCUCGAUGCAAUACAUUCAUAAACAGACUGUAUGACUUUGAUGGCAAUGGAAAUCCUGACACUUUCCUGGACACAACCUAUUUAGCAACAUUGCGUGAAUUAUGCCCUCAAGGUGGUAAUGGAAGUGUCCUGACAGAUUUUGAUCCCACAACAUCCGAUGCCUUUGACAACAGCUACUUUGCCAACCUUCAGGCUCAAAAAGGUCUACUUCAAAGUGAUCAAGAAUAGUUCUCCACUGCUGGGGCAGAUACCAUUAAAAUUGUUAACAGAUUUAGCAGCAACCAAACCGCAUUCUUUGAAAGUUUUGUUGAAUCUAUGAUAAGAAUGGGAAACAUCAUGCCUUUGACGGGUACUAAAGGAGAGAUUAGAUU